AGAAGACUACAUGUCCCAUUUGCCUCGGGAGUCGGAGCUUGCGCAAUUUGUUUUCCACGGCCCUGGCUGCUGCUAGAAUCUGUUUGGUGUUGUUGUCACAUUAAGGGGGGCAUAAGAAAGAACUGACGAAGUUAUUUUAACCCUGAGCCUGUCGCAUGAGGUUACUUGGUGAGCCCCUCCCUGCCAUGAGAGCUGACCACCAGGUCCCCAGUCCCCCCUCCUUCUGCAGUUGAUGGAUCUGCAGUUGGUCCAGAGAUGACAGACAGCGUCAGGGCCUUCCUCCGCAAUGUUGCGACGGGGAUCAAGGACUCCAUAUUGGGGAUUGGAACAAUCUCCAAGCUGGAUGCCCGCAUCCAGCAGAAAAGGGAAGAGCAGCGGAGGAGACGGGCCAGCGGGGCCCUGGCACAGAGACGGGCACAGAGUGAGGAGCGCAAACCGGACAAUGAUCCCAAAGUAGCCAGCAGGAUUUUUCAGUGCUGUGCCUGGAAUGGAGGAGUGUUCUGGCUCAGUCUGUUUCUCUUCUACCGGGUGUUUAUCCCCCUGCUGCAGACACUCACAGCAAGAAUCAUUGGUGACCCCUCCCUCCACGGCAGUGUGUGGUCCUGGUUAGAGUUCAUCCUGACCUCUGUCUUCAGCGCUCUCUGGGUUCUCCCUCUAUUUGUCCUCAGCAAGAUAGUCAAUGCCAUCUGGUUCCAGGAUAUAGCUGACCUCGCGUUUGAAGUGUCUGGAUGUAAAGCCCAGCCGUUCCCCAGUGUCAGUAAGAUCAUCGCAGACAUGCUCUUUAACCUCCUCCUCCAGGCGCUCUUCCUUAUUCAGGGUAUGAUUGUUAGCCUCUUCCCCAUCGAUGCCAUUGGACAGAUGGUCAGCCUCCUCCACAUGUCUCUGCUCUACUCUCUGUACUGCUUUGAGUAUCGCUGGUUUAAUAAUGGCAUUGAGAUGCACCAGCGGCUGUCCAACAUUGAGAGGAACUGGCCCUAUUAUUUUGGCUUUGGUUUACCCAUGGCUCUGCUGACUGCCCUGCCCUCCUCAUACAUCAUCAGUGGCUGCUUGUUCUCCAUCCUCUUCCCUCUCUUCAUCAUCAGCGCCAAUGAGGCCAAGACCCCAACAAGGCUGUACCACUUCCAGCUGCGUCUCUUCUCGCUGGUCGUGAUGAUCAGCAACAAACUUUUCCACAAGACGGUCCACCUUCAGUCUUCGCUGACGACGUCCACUUCUUCAGAGCGACUCUCUUCCCCUCACACCUCCCCCACGCGCCAGAGACCCCUGCCCACCCAGUGAUGAUCCCCUGAUGGAAAGAAGACAGGACAGCAGAUGAUGAAGAGAGGUUUCACUCGGUGUGAUUCCUCGUGAUGAAGAUGAUGUGCAGUUUAGGAGAAAGGGUUUACAUGUUUUUAUCUCCUCUCUAGCCCUUUGGUUACUCAUUCAUAGACACGUUUUCAGUGUGACACAAAACUCGACUGCCCUGUGCCUCACACUCAAAACACGUUAUAUACUCAGCUUUUCUUGUUUUCUUUUGUGAAUUUCUUUCUUUUUUUUUGUAUAAUGUGCCAUUUGAGUGACUCUCCUUUUAAUAAAUGACAGCACAAGAACUCAUGUAGUGUUAAUAUGUUGAAGCUAACUUGUGACUCAAGAAGAAUUUUUUAACUUUGAAGGGUUUGCAAUGAGAAGCAAAGCACAGUGUUGUUUUCUUGAUGUUGCAAGUUGCAUUUCUUCCUUACAGAUUGAAGGCUGUCUUGCACAUGGAUAUGUUUCUCUGUCAAAUAACGGUGUCCCAGGAGCUCCAGAAGUAACUUUGUGUAAUAAAAAAGGGAGGUUUUUAUCCUGUAAGAGCUUUUUUUUUUAAUACAGUAAGCUUCUGCUGCUCGUAGAAACUGAAACCAAAUAACAAAGUCACUCUUUUUGUGUUGGCUGGAGAAGUUGCUUGGUGUCUCGUCUCGUGCUCACUCUCACCCCACUAUUAAAAACCACGAGGUGACACCAGCAAGGUAAAGCUGCCCAAGUGUUUAAAGUCAAAGAAAGUAGGUGAGAUAACACUGCCAAACUGCUGCUUCUGUGUCUGUUUUUUUCCACUCAAGCCACUACAGCUCUGAGAUACAGGAGAGUCUCAUAUUAAGACUUUUUAUCUUAGCAAAUCAACCAUGACCUGCUUGCUGUAAUUUCCCCAGAGGGCUGAAGCAGAUCUAACUGGUCCCCACGGAUCACCCACUGUUUGUUUUUUGUGCUGUUUUUAAUGUAAAUACAUCCUGAAAGAUAAAAGAGGAGCCCCCAAUUACACAGAUACUCACCUUCCUCUCUCUCUCUCUCAUCACAGCAACUCACGGUCAUGGGGGAACAGACCACAUCUUUGAAACAGUGUGCAAUCAUUGUAAAAGAAGAGCAUAGUGUUUGUUCAGACUGAUAUUUGUGAGGUUUUUGUAAAAGUAAUACAUCUAAUUUCAAUAAAAUUGGUCAGUAUUCAA